AGACAGGGACUUUGGGAAGACUUCUAGAGUAAGACACUUUUUUCAAUAGUCAGUAAAAAUAAAAAUAAAUAAAUAAAUAAAUAAAUAAAUAAAUAAAAUAAAAAAAAGAAUGAGUAAAAAUUAGUAGGUUAGGAAGUUAAAGAAGGGUAUUCCAGACAGAAGAAACAGCCUAUUCAGUAGCAAGAGAGCUUGUUAUUUAUGCUAUAACUAAUUCAGAGCAUCAAAAGUAUGAGGUACAAGGAAGAAAGGAAUGAGAGCAGUUGCCAUUAGUGACAUCUUAAAGGACCCUGGAUGCCAGACAAUGCAGUUUGGAUUUUGUCUGGAAGACAAAAAAGAAAUACUGAGCAAUUUAAGAGGUAGUUGAAGGGAUUGGAUUUGUAUUUUACACAAUUUAAUUUUGCUUAUAUACUGUCAAUAUGCACAGUGGUGUAUUGACAUGUAUGUCUUUCUUCCUGCUGCUUUUCUGUGGGAUUGGGGACAAUUGACAUAUGAUUUCUGAACUCCAGUUUCCUCCUACAGGGGAGAUAUUAAAUUAAUACAUUGUUAUUCUAUCUGCUUCAGCCACUAUGAUGUGUCUCAGUCCUCAGAUUUGAAUCUUUCUUGCUCAUCACUUUCCUUCUUCCCUCUUCCCCUGCUGCCAAUGCUGUUACCCAGACUCCAUGAUUAGUGACUUCUGUUGCUUUCCAUUUCCUUCUCUUUCUACUAAAAUUAAAACUUCCCAUCUUCAGUAAUACAAUUUUCACGUGUUGUGUGGGGUUUUUAAUUUUUGUCAAUUUAAUUAAUUUUUGAUGGUUGACUCCUCUGGGUAGGAUCAAUUACAGCAAUUAUUUGGAUUUGUGAAACUUUGAACUUUACACCUUUAAUGCUUUCUAGUAUCAGAUGACAACUUUGAUCUUUUGGGAAAAACAAAACAGAACAAGUCAGAUUGCCAAGUUUAAACCUUGCCCGAAAGUAAUAAAACUGUUACUACUUGGUGGAUAAUGUAUUUUAUUUUACACUGCUAUUUAGUAGGACUGUAAUUUUUAAUUUAUACAAUUUUAUAUAACAAAAUUUUCAGGAAUUAUGGGCGCACUUUGGUUUUUAUGGGCUUGUUAAAGAUCUUAUAACAAAUUAUGAGUGGGAUGGGGCUAAAAUAAAGUAAAUUUAAUUCUAUAACAUUGACUUAUGUAGACUUCAAAAUCCAGAAUUUAAAAAUAGUAAGUCGAAUCUUGUUAGUCAACUAAGAUAAAUUGAUAAUAUAAAUUACUCUAAGAUUACAUAAUUUUAAGGAGCUCUGGGCCUGAUUUGACAACCAUAGAUCCCAGCCUUUCUCUCAAACUUAUCUCCGUCUCAUUCCCACCUGGGGCUUUAUUUCAGUUCCUGCUUCUGCAAGUUGCUUCGUACACAUGGAUUAAUGUUCCUUUGUGAACUGAACUGGUGCUCUUCCUGUUUGAUUCCCAGCUCCGACUGCCUCUUGGAUCAUUCAUAUCAAACUGGUCUACUACUGAAAUUUUGCUGAUGAAAUGAAUAGAUCAUUUCCAGCAUGUUUACCCCCUGUUGUACCCUGGGGAUUCAUUUUAUAGGCACAAGUGCAAAAGAGGAAACACUAGGCUGGAUGAUGUGAGGGAAGCAGAACUUGAUAAGAUAUAACCAUACAUUGAUAUUUGCAGCUACCAUUUAAUGCAUCUCCAGUCCUCACAGCAAUUUGAUGACAUAGGUAGUGCUAUCCCCACUAUGCAGAUGAAAAUUAUGAAGCUCAGAGAGUUUAAUUUAUAUGUCCCAAGUUCCCAUCUAUUUUGGAGCUAGGAAUGUAAUGUUAGCUCCUUCUACUUACAAAUUGUCAGAUUUCACCACAUUACAAUGGCCCUUCAACACGUGUUCCUUGUACUCAAGCUCUUUACAAUGUAAUGAGAAAGAAUGUCAAUAAAUAGCCUCUUUUGAAAUUAAAUUUCCUUCUAAGGUAUACUUCCUAUAACCCCCAUUUUUUUUUGGUAAAUGAUUCUACUAGUUUUUAUUCUAACUCUCCCUGAUUCUAGACAUUCCUGACUUCUCUCUCUCAUGCAUGUAAAAUUUAAUAAGUUGAGUCCUUCUGACUUCUCUGUUCAUAAUUUUGCUGAUACCAGUUCUUUUGUUUCUACUCACCACCUCCCGCCUGGAUUGCAUCUUCUCUGAUCCAUCUUACAGUUCUAUCUCUUCCAAUUGGUUAUGCAAACUAAUCAUUCUAAGCUUUUACUUCUGCUAGUCAUUUUGCUACUCAGAAACCUCACAGUGUUUCUGUUACUUUUAGUAACUGGACCCAGCCCACUUUGUUUCUGUCUCAUAAAGUUCAAACAUGAAUUUUCCAGAAGAGCCAGGAUAAUGACAGGCUGAAGCAAGGAAGAAUCACCAUAGAAGAAUUUAGAUCAAUUUAUCGAAUUAUUGCGCACAGAGAAGAAAUUGUUGAGAUUUUCAACACGUAUUCUGGUAACCAGAAAUUUCUUGUUGAAAAAAACCUGCUCCAAUUUUUGAUACAAGAACAGUAUAUACUUGACAUGAGUCAAAAUAUUGCUUUUGAGAUCAUUCAGAAAUAUGAGCCUAUUGAAGAAGUUAAGAGAGCACAUCGGAUGUCAUUUGAAGGUUUUAUAAGAUACAUGGGUUCAUCUGAAUGUCUAAUAUUUAAACCUGAUUGUGGAAGAGUUUAUCAAGAUAUGACUCAACCACUAAAUGAUUAUUUUAUUUCAAGUUCACAUAAUACCUACUUGAUAUCUGACCAGUUACUGGGACCAAGUGACCUUUGGGGAUAUGUAAGUGCCCUUGUGAAAGGAUGCCGUUGUCUGGAAAUUGACUGCUGGGAUGGAUCACAAAAUGAACCCAUUGUAUACCAUGGUUAUACACUCACCAGCAAGCUUUUGUUUAAAACAGUUAUCCAAGCAAUACACAAAUAUGCAUUCUUAACAUCUGACUACCCAGUGGUGCUCUCUUUAGAAAAUCACUGCUCCCCUUCCCAACAAGAAGUGAUGGCAGACACUUUGCAGUCUGUUUUUGGAGAUGCCUUGCUUUCUGAUAUGCUUGAUGAUUUUCCAGACAAACUACCUUCACCAGAGGUAUUAAAAUUCAAAGUAUUAGUUAGGAACAAGAAAAUAGGAACCUUAAGGGAAACCCAUGAAAGGAAAGGUUCUAAUAAGCAUGGUCAGGUAGAGGAAUUUGAAGAGAUAUAUCAAGAUGAAAUCAAAGGAUCAGAAACAUUGAUUGGAUCAGAAGACAAUCCAGGAAAGGAAGAUGAGAUAAUAAGCGCAGCUGGAUUACCACUUUUCAAGAAAAGGAAGGUAAAGGUGGCUCUGGCCCUAUCUGAUCUUGUCAUUUAUACCAAAGCUGAGAAGUUCAGAAGCUUUCAGCAUUCAAGACUGUAUCAGCAAUUUAAUGAAAGUAAUUCUAUUGGGGAGACAGAAGCCCGAAAACUUUUAAAGCUGAGAGCCCACGAGUUUGUUCUUCACACCAGGAGGUUCAUUACCAGAAUUUAUCCCAAAGCAACAAGAACAGACUCCUCUAAUUUUAAUCCUCAAGAAUUUUGGAAUAUAGGUUGUCAAAUGGUGGCCUUAAAUUUCCAGACACCUGGUCUGCCUAUGGAUCUUCAAAAUGGGAAAUUUUUGGAUAAUGGUGGUUCUGGAUAUAUUUUGAAACCACAGUUCCUAAGAGAUAUUAAAACACAGUUUAAUCCGAAUAAACCACCAAACCAGAGUGAUCCAGUUACACUUACAAUAAGGCUCAUCAGUGGUAUCCAGUUACCUCCCAGUAACCAUUCAUCAUCUAACAAAGCUGAUGCAUUAGUGAUUCUAGAACUUUUUGGUGUUCCAAAUGAUCAAACGAAACAGCAGACUCGUGUCAUUAAAAGAAAUGCUUUUAGUCCAAGAUGGAAUGAAACGUUCACAUUUAUUAUUCAAGUGCCAGAAUUGGCAUUGAUGCGUUUUGUUGUUGAAAGUCAAGGUUUAAUAACUGGAAAUGAAUUUCUUGGCCAAUAUACUUUACCAGUUUUAAGCAUGAACAAAGGUUACCGUCGUGUUCCUCUGUUUUCCAAAAUGGGCGAGAGUCUUGAGCCUGCCUCACUGUUUAUUUACGUUUGGUACGUCAGAUAGCAAUUAAUAGCACCUGACAUAUCAUUAGCUAUACAUCGUAAUAAAACAGCCAAAAUGAA